UUGAUAGAGUAACUCUGUUUUCUCUGCUCUAGCUGCAGAGUCUCUGCUUUCUGUGACAAAGGGGCACAUACAGACCUGCAGGACUGUAAGCAGAAGGUCAUGUAGGAAAAGUAGCUGAGGAGGACCUGGGGCUGGAAGAAAAGCCAAUGCAGGGAGACAUGGGAGGUUGUGCAGCUGAGUGUGGGGAGCCCAGUGUCAGGAGACUGGGCAGCGAGAAGUGCAAGAAGACAAGAGGGAGUCUCUGAGGCCGGCACUGAGAGGCACUGUGCUUUGCUUCCAUCUGAUGAACACUGUGGUAACCAGACCUGCUCUCUGCUGCUGUCUUCUCUCCUUCCAGCCAUCUACCCCUGCCAGCCAGCAUCUGCUCCAUCCCUGUGCUGGGGAGCACACACCGAUGGGACCAGAGAGGGUGGCUAAGAAAUGCAGCAGUUGCUCAGCAACUCCCCGUCCCCUGAGGAGGACAACGUAAGCCAUCUGCACCAAUCUCCUGAGCUGCUCCUCUCUGCACAGCUAGAGAAAAGAAAAAAGCCGCUGUGCAGGGUGCGCUGACCCACCGCAGCAGCAUGGUGCAGGACAAAGGCCGAGCUGAAGGGACGUGCCACCAGGUUAUUGAUCACUGAGGAGACCUUGAGCUGGGUAAAUAGAUGUCCUGCUUCCUCCCCCACUCCCUGCAGGUGUGAGCUGGGGUGUGGGCCAGGUCUCACAGGCAGCAGCAGGCUUUAGAGUGAUCUCUUGGGGCCGUACAUCUUGGGAAAGGAGGACAGAUUUGGCAUAACACCUUCAGAGAGGGUGUGAGGGGAAACAGAAAAACCAGCCUGACACUGGCAUGCUGUGUCACCAGACGUGCCUGAUGGAGGCCGAGGAACAGGAGGAAGACUCCAGCUCCCUCUCAAAUGACAAAUCAGAAACUAACUCACGUCGCUGCCUUCGCUAUGUGCCCCUUGGGAUAGCCUUUCUUGUGCUGGCUGGAGCUGCUGCAGCAACCUGGUAUUUCCUAGACUACAGACCAUGGCACCUGGAGCCAUCCAUCCUGCAGUUCUACUGCGGCAGCCUCCAGGUCCUGAACCGCCGCUACUCCCCGGAGCUGGGGCAGGUGGAGUCCAGGGCCUUCUGGGUGGAGUCAGCUAAGCUCCAGAGCAUGCUGAAGGAACUGAUUCGUGCCACAGAGCUGGGUCAGUACUACAACUCCAGCACGGUGUAUGCCUUUGGGGAGGGAGCUCUGACCUUCUUCUUCUGGUUCACCCUCCAAAUCCCUGAGAGUCAGCAGAAGGAGGCAACUGCUGAGAGGGUAAACACAGUGCUCCACCAAGAGCUCUCCACCAGCUUCAACAGCUCAGGCAGCCUGUCCUACCAGACGGAGUACAGGCUCAACCCAGACUCUCUGGUUCUCCUGGAAUCCAGUAUGAAAGACAUAGUAGUGCUGCAAUCUACUCUGGGUUGCUACAGGUACAGCUAUGUCCAGGAGGAUGAUGUCCUAAGGCUGGAGGGCCCUGAUUACCUGGCCUCCAGUUGUCUUUGGCACCUCCAUGGCCUCAAGGGCUACAUGAUCAAGCUGCGGCUGGAGUGGACCCUGCCUGACUGCAGGGACCGCCUGGCCAUGUACGACGCAGCCGGGCCCCUGGAGAAACACCUCAUCACCUCGAUCUACGGCUGCAGCCGGCAGGAGCCCAUAGUUGAAGUCCUUUCGUCUGGCCCUGUCAUGUCUGUUGUGUGGAAGAAAGCCAUGUACAGCUACUAUGACCCCUUCAUCCUCUCAGCACAGGCGGUGCCCCUCGAAGCUUGUGAAGUGAACAUAACUCUGCGGGAGAGCCUGGAGCUGCAGGGGAAGAUCGGCACCCCACACUACCCCAGCUACUACUCGCCCAACACGCAGUGCACCUGGCACAUGACGGUCCCAUCCCUCGACUAUGGGGUCACCCUCUGGUUCGAUGCCUACGCGCUCAGCAGACAGAAGCACGACCUGCCCUGUACCCAAGGCCAGUGGAUCAUUCAGAACAGAAGGUUGUGUGGCCUGCGUACCCUGCAAGCCUACGCUGAGCGGAUCCCAGUCACAUCUUCUGCUGACAUCGCCAUCACCUUCACCUCGCAGAUCUCCUUAACUGGCCCUGGCGUACAGGCAGCUUACAGCCUGUACAAGCAAUCUGACCCCUGUCCUGGGGAGUUUCUGUGUUUGGUGAACGGUUUGUGUGUCCCAGCCUGUGAUGGGAUCAAAGAUUGCCCCAAUGGGCUGGAUGAGAGAAACUGUGUGUGCCCUGCAAAGUUCCAGUGCCAUGAGGACAGCACUUGCAUCGAGUUCAGCAGGGUCUGCAACCAGCAGCUGGACUGUGUCAACGGGAGUGAUGAGGAGCACUGCAGUGGAGGGGUCCCCUGCGGUCCUUUCACCUACCGCUGUGAAGAUGGGACCUGUGUGAAGAAACCCAACCCGCUGUGUGACACCACUGCAGACUGCAAGGACCUGUCUGAUGAGAAUCACUGUGACUGCGGGAUGCAAGCCCCUCUCAGCAGGAUUGUGGGUGGUAUGAAUUCUGUGGAAGGGGAAUGGCCGUGGCAGGCCAGCCUGCAAGUUCGGGGCCGGCACAUUUGUGGGGGAACACUCAUUGCUGACCGCUGGGUGGUCUCAGCCGCGCACUGCUUCCAGGAUGAGAGGCUGGCCUCCCCCUCCAUCUGGACCGUUUACUUGGGUAAAUACUUGCAAAAUGCCACCGGCCACACAGAGGUGUCCUUCAAGGUUAUCCAUCUCUUUCUUCACCCUUAUUAUGAGGAGGACAGCCAUGAUUAUGAUGUGGCCCUGCUCCAGCUGGAUCAUCCUGUGAUCAUCUCACCCUUAAUCCAGCCCAUCUGCUUGCCUGCUCCAUCUCACAUCUUUGAGCCUGGCCUUCUUUGCUGGAUCACUGGCUGGGGAGCCCUCAAGGAAGGAGGGCAUACCAGCAAUGUUCUGCAGAAGGUGGACGUGCAGCUCAUCCAGCAGAGCAUCUGCAGUGAGGCUUAUCACUACAUGAUUACUCCCAGGAUGCUGUGUGCUGGGUACUACCAGGGCAAGAAGGAUGCUUGCCAGGGUGAUUCUGGAGGUCCACUGGCCUGCAAAGAACCCAGUGGCAGAUGGUUUCUGGCUGGUUUGGUCAGCUGGGGAAUGGGAUGUGCACGUGCAAAUCACUAUGGAGUUUACACCAGGAUCACUCAAGUGUUGGGCUGGAUGAACCAAACCAUGAGCUGAGAAAAGUGCAACUCUGUCUUCUCCCCAUCACACCUACACUCACAUGGCACUCAUUCCUCAUCUUGCUCACUUGCCUCCCAAAGAAAGAGAGUGUGGGAUGUUGUCAGACCCAGGAUGCUCCUCUGAACUCGGUAAAAAAAGGCUGCUGCAGGGAUUGUGGAGAAAAGCAGGCAGACCCUCUUCUCCCUUGGUGCUUCCCAGGGAGCAUCUCAAGGGGUUUUUAGGCCAUCCAUCCAAAAGCAGGGAGAAGGGAGGCAGGUGAGGGAGUCUGGGGCAAUGACACACAGCAAUAGGCCCAAGCUGAUGGUUUCUGAGAAGAGGAAUAAGGGGAGUUGAACUUUCCAUGAACCAUGUGAUUCAGCCAGUCUUAUGCUGGAACAUUUGCUGAAAGAAAAUGUGACUGAUGUAGUUAGAGAUUCCAGUAACUGUGAAAUCAAUCUGCCUCCCUCUUCCUUCCUGCUGCUUAUCCCUCAUCCCCCUUCCCCUCCCAUCACUCCUCCUCUUCCAUCUCCCUAAUUGCUUCUUUUCUUAGCUGGCGUGUGCUGCUCAGUGUGCUGUUCAGCUCAGCCAGCCAACUCUUCACGUCUCACUGACUCCCAGGCAUGAGCCCAGCAUCGCGCCCCCCGAACACGUGUCCUGCCUCCCUGCUGGAGCAGCACCCAGCCUCCACUGCUGCACCUCCCCCAGUAAAAACGCUGGAGCAGACUCCCAUCCCUUCCCUCAGCCCUUCUAAAUACCUUUAACAUCAGGGCAUCUCAACCUCUCCCAUCUCCUAUCUCAGGUAAUGCAGGAGAUGAAGGAGAAGGUUUCAGGGCACAGGGCUUAAACUGCAACUGCUGCAGAUUUGGUUUUUUAACUAAAGAUACACGUGUGUGUAUGUGUGUGUGUGUGUAUGUGUACAUAAUUGGCCACUCUCUGGAAUUAUAAAUAAAAUUAAUUUGAGGAGUU